AUGGUGCUCCUGAUCCGCUUUAUAAAGUCACACCUCCAAGGUUACUAUGGCACAGAUUACCCACAAACAUGGCCCCUUCCGCCCCUCGAAUCGGUCCACAUGACGCUCGAAAACACUGUGCACUGCACGGAAGACAGCCCCAUCAGAUCUGCCGAAUGGAACAGGACGCUGCCCCGCGGAGGCGGCAUGCUCCACCUUGGAGACGACAUGCGCACCUUCAGCAUCUCGAUGUUCCAUCAGCUUCGCUGCCUUAACAUUAUUCAGGCAUCGAUAGCGGAAAGCCAGAACCACAUUGGACGGAUGCCAACAUCGCUGGACCUGCAUUGCAUGAACUACAUCCGCCAGAUGAUCCUAUGUCGUUCGAGCUUGCGUCUCGAGUCCGUGCGUUCAGUCAAGGAGAAGUCCGGAAACACUGUCUCGGACGUCACUCACACCUGCAGAGAUUGGAGUGCAGUGUUUGCCGCGGCAGAGGAGAAUUACGACAUUUUCUUGACGCACUCGCCGGCUUCUCGGAGCGAUACGUGA